CUAGCCUGCAGGCUGCAGCCAUGGCUACGUCAACUCAUCCAAUAGUUUCAUGCACCAACAUCAAUUCCUUCUCCACCAACUCGUCUUCUCCCCGUAACUUUUCCAGACCACCUUCCCAAAUCUUCCUCAACCCCAACCCCAGCAGGGCAGCAAGGCGUGGUGACGCCGUUAAGAUCCGGUGCGCAGCCUCGUCGGAGGGGCGUGAUGAAAACCCGGACAGCCUCUCUAAGGCGAAACUCGACCGGAGAAAUGUCCUUCUGGGCCUCGGCGGUCUCUACGGCGCUUACAACUUGGGCGCCGGCGGGUCCAACCCCUUUGCCCUGGCCGACCCUGUGCCGCUCCCUGACGUCGCCAACUGCGGCCCUGCUACCAUUUCGUUCAGCUCUUGUAAAGUGCCAUACCGCUGUUGCCCUCCCAUCACGGAUACUACAAAGGUUGAGUACUAUAAGAUCCCCAGUUUUUCCAAGCUUAAUGUCAGACCGGCCGCUCACGCGGUAGACGCCGCCUACUUGGAGAAGUACAAGACCGCCAUUAAGCUAAUGAAGGAGCUUCCCCCCAGUGAUCCCCGAAGCUUCGACAAUCAAGCUAAGGUCCACUGCGCUUACUGCAAUGGCGCUUAUCUUCUCAACGGCAACCCCUAUCAGAUCCACUUCAACUGGUUCUUCUUCCCUUUUCACAGAUGGUAUCUGUACUUCUUCGAAAGGAUCAUGCAAAGCAUGAUUAACGACCCAACAUUCACGUUGCCGUACUGGAACUGGGACAAUCCACCGGGCAUGACUUUCCCGGGGAUCUUCGACGACGAGAACCAGUUGUCGCCGCUGUACGACCAGUACCGCAACCAGGACCACCGCUACGGACACGUGCUGGAUCUGGCAUACUCCGGCGACGACAUCAUCGCCCCCGACCCCACAAAGGUGAAAAACAAUCUUGCGAUUAUGUACCGGCAAAUGAUAACCAACGCGCCGUGUCCGUUGCUCUUCUUCGGCAAACCUCUUCGCGCUGACAAUACGCAGAGUUCCGGCAUGGGGACCAUCGAGAACAUCCCGCACAACUCCGUCCACCGAUGGGUGGGGGACCCCAGAAGCGCUAAUCAUGAGGACAUGGGUAACUUCUAUUCUGCUGCUAAUGAUCCGGUGUUUUAUUCCCUCCAUUCCAAUGUAGAUCGCAUGUGGACCAUUUGGAAGACUCUGGGUGGGAAACGUACGGAUAUCGCCGACAAAGAUUGGCUGGAUACUGAGUUCCUCUUCUUCGACGAAACCAAGACUGCCGUGAAGGUUAAGGUUAGAGAUUGUCUGGACAACGAGAAGCUUGGGUACACUUUUCAGGAUAUGCCCAUUCCAUGGAAGGAUUUCAAACCCACCAGGAAAAGAACGGUAAAAUUGAGCAUCACGGAGUCAGUGCCCGCAUCCACCGACGUCUUGCCGGCACCAUUGAGCAAGAAUUUAACGUUUUACGUGACGAGAUCAACAUCGGUUCCUGAGACACAGGAGGAGAUGCUGAAUCUUGACCUAGUCUACGACGACACCAAGUUUAUACGGUUCGAUGUGUUCCUGAACGAGGACGAGGACGUGAAUACGGUGGAGCUGGACAGGACGGAGUACGCCGGAAGUUUUGGCAACUUGCCGCAUGUGCAUGAGGGUGGCUCCGCUACUCCCAAGACGACCACUUUUAACCUGGCGAUCUCGGAGCUGAUUAAGGACUUGGACCUGGAAGGUGACGACAAGGUUCUGGUGACACUGGUGCCAAAAGUUGGGGGUAGUUUUGUCACCGUCAACAAUGCCUAUAUCAAUACUCUGGAUUGCUAGUUAAGAUCCAUCUAUCCAUGCAUGUUGUACGUCUGCCUAGCUAGCUAGCUCCCUACCGUACCGGUGGCGCUAGCUACUUGAAAUAAGCUAGCUAAUUAAGGUGUUUGUUUUUGUUAGUUGUAAUAAUAAGUGUUCACUCCACAAAUCCUAUAGGGGUAGAGGUGUGGGACUUCUGACUAUAGGAAUUUCGUCUUUUGUGAGUGAGCUAGUAAUAAUAAGUGUGUUAAUGUAUGUGUAGUGGUUGGUAAUUGAGUUUUUGCAGUCAUCCAGUAAUUGUAAUGUCUCUUAAUUUUCUAGUGUAAUAAGCCUUGCAUUUCUUGUUGUCUUA